AUGGGUGUGAACAAAGUCACUGAUGAAUUGGUUUCAAUGGUUCGAUCAAUCGUCGGGUCGGAAUAUUCGGACAUGGAUGUAAUUCGGGCCCUUCACAUGGCCAAGAACGAUCCCACGGCCGCAAUCAACAUCAUUUUUGACACACCCACUUUCAGAAAGCUUGAAAUUCCCAAGAAUCCGGAGCCGGUGAACCGGAAUUCUAAUCCGGUGUCGCAAAAUCCCGUGUUGAAUUCGAAAGAAAGCGGUAACGAUGAGAAAGAUAGCCGGAGUUUGACUCCUAGCUCAAACGGGUCCGUAAAAUGUAGAGAAAUCAAGGAAAGCGAUAAAGAAGGAAAGAAGGCAGAUGCAAGGGAUCUGAGUUCGAGUGGUUGCUCAAGUUCGAGCUCCCUGGGCAGUGAGUGGUGGUUUGUUGGGCGUGCUGAGGUUGCGGGGUUAUCUACUUGUAAAGGGAGGAGUUUGAAGCCUGGUGAGGAAGUGCUUUUCACAAUUCCGGUAGAGAGGAAAUUGAGUUCCCCCUCGUCGGGAAAGUUCGGGGGCGGUCGAGGUCGACAGAUAUCUGUUUGUUCAGAGAUUGUCAGAUUUUCCACCAGAGCUUCUGGAGAGAUAGGCCGUAUUCCCAAUGAAUGGGCUCGAUGCUUAUUGCCACUUGUGAGGGACAAAAAGGUCCGGAUAGAGGGUUAUUGUAAUUCUGCUCCUCCUGUUCUGGGAAUCAUGGACACAAUUAACUUGUCAGUCAGUGUGCAUAUGAACAGUGCUAUGUUCCAGAAGAGUCAUCAAUCUUCACUUAAAGUGGCAUCUGGUGAUGAGUCUGUUAUUCAUCCCCUUCCUACUCUUUUCCAGUUACUCGGCCUUUCUCCGUUUAAGCGAGCCCAAUUCUCUCCAGGGGAUUUGUACACAAGGAAACGUCCCUUGAAUCUAGAGGACUCUGAUCCUCCUACAUCACUGUUGCAAGGCACCAAGUUCAAGUGUUCUUUGGCUUUGGAUGAAAAUAAAGUCGAAACUGAGGAGACAAUCUCUGAUAAUGAUCUGGACAAAAUAGUUGGUGUAGAAAAUAGUUCUGAGUUAGAGGAAAUGGAACCGCCUAGUUCUCUUCUCUGUGAACUUCGUCCAUACCAGAAACAGGCUCUGCAUUGGAUGAUUCAACUUGAGAGGGAAGACUGCAUGGACGAAGCGGCAUCAACACUGCACCCAUGUUGGGAUGCCUACAGGCUUGCUGACGAGAGGGGGCUUGUUAUUUACUUGAAUGCUUUCUCUGGUGAUGCAACUGUAGAAUUUCCAAGUACUCUUCAAAUGGCCAGAGGAGGAAUCUUGGCAGAUGCUAUGGGGCUUGGAAAAACUAUAAUGACCAUAUCCCUUCUUCUUACACAUUCUGAGAGAGGUGGCUCAUCAGGUUCCCAGCAUACAAGCCAGAUUUUGACUAGAAAUGGUGAAGCUGUCAUGAUUCCAGAACAAUCUCCUACUCCAAAGAAGGCAGGGAAAUUUUCUGGUUUUGACAAGCUUUUGAAGCGCUCAAACUCGCUGACAAGCGGGGGGAAUCUGAUCGUAUGUCCAAUGACACUUAUAGGUCAGUGGAAGGCAGAGAUUGAAGCCCAUGCACAACCUGGGAGUUUGUCAGUUUAUGUCCAUUACGGGCAGAGCAGAUCCAGGGAUGCAAUUGUUCUUGGACAAAGUGAUGUUGUGCUCACAACUUAUGGAGUUCUUGCCUCAGAAUUCUCAACCGAGAAUGCUGAGACCAAUGGGGGACUGUUCUCGGUGAGAUGGUUUAGAGUGGUGCUAGAUGAAGCACAUACAAUAAAAUCUUCAAAAAGCCAAAUUUCCAGUGCUGCGACUGCACUUGUUGCUGAUCGUCGAUGGUGCCUUACUGGAACACCCAUUCAGAACAACCUGGAAGAUCUUUACAGCCUUCUUAGGUUUUUGAGGGUUGAACCAUGGGCAAGCUGGGCAUGGUGGAACAAACUUGUUCAGAAACCUUUCGAGGAGGGUGAUGAGAGGGGAUUGAAGUUGGUUCAAUCAAUUCUGAAGCCGAUCAUGUUAAGACGAACCAAGUCUAGCACUGACAAGGAAGGGAGGCCUAUAAUAGUGCUUCCACCUGCGGAUAUUCAAGUGAUGUAUUGUGAACUUACAGAAGCUGAAAGAGACUUUUACGACGCUUUGUUCAAAAGAUCGAAGGUUAAGUUUGAUCAAUUUGUUGAGCAAGGCCGUGUUCUUCAUAACUAUGCUUCUAUAUUGGAAUUGCUCUUGCGGCUUCGUCAAUGUUGUGAUCAUCCAUUUCUGGUCAUGAGUCGAGGUGAUACUCAGGAGUUCUCUGAUCUAAAUAAGCUUGCUAGACGUUUCCUAAAAGGCGGGAAGGAAAUUGCCGAAGGGCAGACCAGAGAUGUGCCUUCACGGGCUUAUAUUCAGGAAGUAGUGGAAGAGUUACAGAAGGGGGAAGGAGGAGAAUGUCCAAUAUGCCUUGAAGCAUUUGAAGAUGCUGUAUUGACACCUUGUGCUCAUCGCUUAUGCAGAGAAUGCCUUUUGGCAAGUUGGCGAAGCUCUGUGUCUGGUUUGUGCCCUGUUUGUAGGAACACGGUAUCUAAGCAGGAAUUAAUCACAGCUCCUACCCAUAGUCGUUUUCGGGUUGACAUUGAUCGCAAUUGGGUGGAAUCAUCAAAGGUCUCUGCUCUUUUGCGUGAGCUUGAAAUUCUUCGACUAGCAGGCUCCAAAAGCAUUGUUUUCAGUCAGUGGACUGCCUUCUUGGAUCUUCUGCAGAUUCCUUUAUCACGGAGUAAUAUCUCAUUCCUCCGUCUAGAUGGAACCCUUAACCAGCAACAGCGAGAGAAAGUUAUAAAGCAAUUUUCUGAAGAAGAUGGCAUCUUGGUGUUGUUGAUGUCUUUGAAGGCUGGGGGAGUUGGGAUCAACUUAACUGCUGCAUCCAAUGCUUUUUUGAUGGAUCCUUGGUGGAAUCCAGCAGUUGAAGAACAGGCUGUCAUGCGUAUUCAUCGCAUUGGGCAAACAAAAAAUGUGAUGAUCAAAAGGUUUAUUGUGAAGGGAACUGUAGAGGAAAGAAUGGAAGCCGUGCAAGUGCGUAAGCAAAGGAUGAUAUCUGGUGCUUUGACCGACCAAGAAGUCCGAUCAGCACGCAUUGAAGAACUUAAGAUGCUUUUCACUUGA